ACUGUGGCCCUCCGUUGAGCAACGCGCUGAGCAGAGUCGGGAAAACCGCCGAGUGGAACUGCGCCUCAGUCAAAACAUCUCGCGCCAUUGAGCUGGCCUCUCGCACUUGCUGAUCUCCAAAAGAAAAAUCCGUGCGAAUCGUGUGUGUACGUUUUCUGUUUCAAAUUCAUCCUCAAAAGCCACGUCCGGACGUCUUCCGUGCCUUCGUGAAAAGGGUGGUAGUUGAGUCUCAUCUUCGGUGUGGGGGUGGAAGAGCUCUCAGAGUGUUUGAAAAUUUUCUUUUUUUGUUGUAAAAAUUAAAUUCGGGAGUGUGCCGGCCUCUCUCACGGAGAGAGAGCGAAAAAUUGGGGGUUGUCGAGACAAAGAGCAAGAUGGUGGUGCAUCCGGAAAAUCCUCGCAGCCACCGCCGAAUUUUCAUCUGCAGCACCUCUGCAGCCAGCAAGGAGUUGUCUGUGCUGCUCACAUCGACACAUUGUGUGCUUGCGUGAAAAUUCCUUCGCUUUUCCAGGAAGUUCGCCUCUCCUGCAGUUCGCGUGAAAAUUAAAUUAAAAAAAAAGAAAAUUCUCUCAGUGACGAGACACACAAGCUAAAAGGGGUCGAGACAGUUCUCAUCCCCCUCAGUCAGUUUUUUUAUAUCGAGAGAGUGUGCAGGAAAAUCUGUGUGAGAGAUUUUCCUCUCAGCCCACAGUGUGGAUGCUGUGAAAAAGUCAAUAAGUUGAAUUUCCGGGGAAGAAAAGGGCACCUCGUGGGCCCCAUUUUGCAUUCCCACCCCCGCGCAGCAAAAGGCACCCCCGCCUGUGUUUGUGGACUUGUCUGUGUGCGCGCGGAAUAAGCAAAGAAGUGCGUGCGAAUUUGGCAUCACUUUUUUGUCACGUCCACAAUCAGUGAAUAAAUAAUUGAUUAGCUUAUCAGGUGUUAAAAAAAAGCAAAGAGAGAGAGAGGAAGAAGAAAAAGUGAAAAGAGGAAAUUCCAAAGAAGUUCCCAAAGUGUCUUGUGGGCAAACAAAACGUGUGCAAUCGUCAACAAGCACCAAGAACGAGGAAGAGGAAGAAAGGCGCAUCCUGUCCAGGUGGUUUGAUCAGCACACACAGAAACAAAAAAAAAUCCAUCCAGGCAGGUCUUCAGUGCGGUGUGCGCCUUGUGGGCUGUGAACGUCCCAAAGACUUCCUCAAAUGGCUGGGAGGGUUCUCGGGGGGCUGAAGGAAUGUUGUCGACGAAAUGAUCACCAGCGGUGCACUUCAGAAUAAAAACACUCCAAUUUAGUGAAGUGAGAAGUUUAUGUGAAGAAUGCCCGCCAAGGUGUUCAAGACGCCUAAUAUUUAUUUACAUUUUUUCUCAAAGAUUUUUUGACUGUUGGGAAAAUGAUUAUCUUUUUAAUACAAGAACGUUAAAUUCAUUGAAAAAGACGAUGAUCUAACACGAGGGACAAUUUGUGGCAGUAAAAAUAUGGAGGAUCAUUAAAUUUCACACACAUCCACAUGAUACAAAGUAGAGCUGAGAAUUGGUGACUUUGCAAAACGAAACAGCAGCAGAAUUAAUAAGAAAAAAAAAUUCGCUAGAAGCAAAAACUCAAGAGAUUGUGUGAAAAGCAGUGCUUAAAAAUUCAAAUUCUUUUUGUCCCCCAUAAUCGUGAUAUUUUUCUACGAAGGAAACCAAACACGCGCAUUGCAUAGGAAAGGAACUUUGAGGGCACAGUAGAGGAAAUUUUUGUAUUUUCGGAAAAGGAGUGUGAUUUGUGAUAUUUCGGACUGACCUUUUUGCUUAUUCUUCACUUUUUUUUUAAUCAUCUUCCCGCGAAAAUAAUUCUCCAUAAUCAGGCCAGUGGUGAUAUUUUUGCAAAUAAAAUUGAGUGUCAAAAGUGCUAAAGAAAACGAAGAAAAAAAUUUAAUUAGAGUGAGAGAUUUUUUUGUCGUGCAGGAGAGAGAACGAUAAGAUUGCGAGUUAUUUAAGUAAGAAAAAAAAUUGAGAGUAUUUUGUAAGGCAGAGCUUUUGGGUUGCAAAAAUGUUGUCCUACAUGUUGCCUGUUGAGGAGAAAUCUCCAUCUCCGCGCAAUUUGAAUCUGAGCCUCAAUCUCAACCGCAAUGGCGGUACAACCCAGCAGAUCAUCGAUGAGACGUCCAAGCUGCUAGCCAGUGAGAGUACCGAUCAUAGGGAAAGUAGCGCCGUAAAUGGGGAUCACAGUCUGAUCAAGGAGGACUCCUUUGACUCAGAUGCAUCAUCCAAGAAGAUAAAAAUGGGGAAGCUUUCAACGACAAAGAGUGUGCCCCUCAAGAGAGUCUCUUUUGGCUCAUCAAAGGGAUCCAUGGUGGAGACUCUUGUCUUUGAGACCCCCACACCGCUUCCUGAACAUGCUGAACGUGAAUUUGACUUUGCUGCUGCAUCCACGGGUGACAAGGCAACCACCAACCAAUCCAAUGGACUCGACGAUAGCGGCAUUGAGCUACAGGAAGAGCUCGAACGGUCCAAGGUACGCGUGUCGUUUUUCCAGUGCAGCCAACCCCAGCAAGUUAGCCCCCCGGAGAAUCACAUUGGGUGCUUCUUUGGCGACAACAACAACUCCAUUGUGACUGAUUUCAGCCUGCUGGACACGGGCGGACAGGACAACAUGACAGCCGUCGCCGCACAGCCGUCCUACGACAGGCAAAAUAGCACUGAAUCCGGAUGGGAUAAUCCGUUUAGGCCUGGAGGUGACCUUUCACGUGAGGCAGAUGAGAUUGUUAAUAUGAUCAAAGGUGGCAAGCCUAUCACACCGACUGGAGAUCUGAAUCAGAGCAUCGCCAAUGGGGUAGCCCAUGGAGUGGAGAAUGGAGCAAAUGUCGUCGAUGGAAUGACAAAGAGUGAACUUUCGCAACUCAAUGCAUCACAGAAUGGUACAAAAUCACCGCAGAAAAAGGAUAAACCAUCGACGAAUGGCGAUGCCACGAAUGUAACACAGACCCAGGUGGUGCCAGGCCCGCAAUCUGCGAGUCAUGUGGUGAUUGAGGAUAAGAAAAAGAAGAAGUGUACUUGCUGUGUGAUCCAAUAAUAUGAUAUAUAAACAAAAAAAAAAACAAUUUUUACCUUUUAAUUUAAUGAAAAAAAUGAUGAAGAAAGAACGAUUUUAACUGUCAGCUACGUCACAGGAUUUUUUUAAAUAGUUUUUUUUUAUUUUAAUUCUAUGUAGUUUCUCUUUGUUAUUAUAUUUUUAUCUGUGUAGAUUUCUUUUUUAUUUAUAUGAAAAAAAGAGAAGUAAAGAUGAUAAACAAGAGAUAUAAUAAAGAAAAAAAAAUAGUGAAUAAUUGUAAUUUAGGAAUGAAGAGAGAAUAUCUUAUAUACUCGAAGAUUUAUUAAAGAAAAAAAAAGUGGAAACAAUGUAGAAAUUUUCUAAUCAGUUUUUUUCCUUCCCCCUUUUUUAUACAUAACUACUUAAAAAAAAGUAAAACAAGAAAAAAGAGCAUUAAGAAAUUAAAAAAAAAAGAUGUGAAUGCAGAAAAAUUUAGGAAAUAAUUCGUGUUUUUUCGACAUUACCAAAGGUGAGAAAGGCAGUUGAAGAAAAAAAAAAUAAAUGUUUAGUAGGACCCACAGGAAAGCCACUGCAAAAACCAACCUUUUAAAAAUAUAUUUGUUUAUUUUUUAAUCUCUCUAUCUCGUAAAGAAAACUUUUAAAGAAAAAUAUUCUGCCAUAGACGAAUCCCAGAAAUAAAAGAAAA